UCCCAGGGAAGGGCCGACCGCUCCAUGCAAGCUCCCCCCCCCGGACCCCUGGGUCCGCUCUCCUGGGGAGCUCGUUCCCACCUGGGCGCUUGUAGCGACACCCGGGACACCUGUCGCUUGUGGGGCCUCAUUCAUUUCCACAGCACCUUCCUCUCCAUGUAGGACAACUUCAGGGUUUCGAAGAAUCGGGGCUUCUACUAGUAUCUUCCACUAGCGCCUAGCCGGGUUGCUCUCUUACCGCGUUAGACUUUUCCAUCCCUGAGCUCUGACAGAUCGAGAUUUUUAAAUAUCUAAAUUCUAAGAAUACACUGGAUAUCACUCUUAUAAUUCCAAGAGGAAAUCAUGAAGAAGUGUUUUAAUUAUUGAAAACUAUAGUUGAAAUCAUGGCUACAUCAUCAAACCUGGAUAUUGGAGCCCAGCUGAUAGUGGAAGAGUGUCCCAGCAAUUAUGGUCUCUCUGGCAUGCCAGACAUUAAAAUAGAACAUCCACUGGACCCAAAUUCAGAGGAAGGAUCAGCUCAGGGUGUUGCCAUGGGAAUGAAAUUCAUACUGCCCAACCGCUUUGAUAUGAAUGUGUGUUCCCGAUUUGUGAAAUCCUUAAAUGAAGAGGAUAGUAAAAAUAUUCAAGAUCAAGUUAAUUCUGACCUGGAAGUGGCAUCUGUCCUAUUUAAAGCUGAAUGCAAUAUCCAUACAUCUCCUUCUCCUGGAAUUCAAGUAAGACAUGUCUACACACCCUCUACCACAAAGCAUUUCUCACCCAUUAAACAGUCAACUACUUUAACCAACAAACACAGAGGAAAUGAGGUCUCUACCACACCUCUGUUAGCAAAUUCUUUGUCCAUCCACCAGUUGGCAGCUCAGGGAGAGAUGCUCUACCUGGCUACUCGCAUUGAACAAGAAAAUGUUAUCAAUCACAUGGAUGAAGAAGGAUUUACUCCUCUGAUGUGGGCUGCAGCACAUGGGCAAAUAGCUGUGGUAGAAUUUCUACUUCAGAAUGGUGCUGAUCCCCAACUUUUAGGGAAAGGUCGAGAAAGUGCACUGUCAUUGGCCUGUAGUAAAGGCUACACGGAUAUUGUCAAAAUGCUGCUUGAUUGUGGAGUUGAUGUAAAUGAAUAUGACUGGAAUGGAGGGACACCUUUGCUUUAUGCUGUACAUGGGAAUCAUGUGAAAUGUGUAAAGAUGCUUUUAGAAAAUGGAGCUGAUCCAACGAUUGAAACAGACUCUGGGUAUAAUUCUAUGGAUUUAGCAGUAGCCCUGGGCUAUAGAAGUGUUCAACAGGUUAUUGAGUCACAUUUGUUGAAGCUGCUUCAAAAUAUCAAGGAGUGACACAGUCCUCAGAAAAUGUAAUCUGUCCUCUGUUCACUUUCUAGUCCUUAUAAAUGAUAGUUUUGUUUACUUUUAAAUUUUUACCUCCAUUGCAAUAUUUUCUGAUUUUUUUGUAAGUUUUAAUAAAUAUUCUUCUAAGUAAUUCACUGGUUUGUAAUAAAAAUGUUGAUGCUUUUUA